AUGUAUCUGCGCGAGCACUCCGUUGCUGAUCCCACCCACGACAAGUACAAACGGGCCUUCGGUCGAUGGGAACAAUGGUGCAAGCAAUUUGGCUUUCCAAUCUGGCUAACGCGGGUUAAUACCGAUCAGCAAGCGGUUAUUGUCUCGGAUUUUAUUGUUUCGUGCACACGUUCCGGGCGCAAUGGACGGCAACCGAAGAGCGAUACCAUUGCAAAUACACUUCAUGGAAUCAAUCACUUUUUCAAGGCACGUGCGCUUGCGUUUCCUGUCGGCCAUCCACAAGUAUGCAUGCUCCUCAAGGGUCUUCGUCGAUUGGACACUCCGGAGCAGCGCAAAGCACCGGUCACUCUAUCUCUGCUCCGGGCUGUUUUCAACCGUCUCGAUCUCAAUUCCCCAGCGUAUCAAGCAUUAUGGGGGCACUGUGUCUAG